UUCCGGGAGUGUUGCUAAGGAACGCGAAGCGUUAGAGGGACACACUUGGAAGCGUAGGCCGAGAGUUGCAGGCGGGAAAGCUCACUGCUUAGGUUAUUCCCUGGCUGUGGUCCUUCUGAGCCGCGGGAUACCAUGGAGGCCAUGGACACCAUUACCGACCCUCAGGUGCGGUUCGGUCGGCGAGCCGGACAACCGCGAGAAGCCGUAGGGAAAACUGAUCCUUGGACUGACAGCCAGAUUCCAAGUGGCACUCUUUUACCAAGUGGAGUAGAUCUUCGUCAAGUUACUAUACUUCCAAACGAUGAGUGGAAGAGAAUUCAAAAUAGCCUUGACAAGUUGAGCAGAAAGGCAGCACAGCUUCGUGCUGAAAAGAAGGCAAAGAAAGAUAUGCAUUUAAAUUCACAAGAAAUAGUGAAACAUUGGGCCAAUACUUAUUCAGGGAUGAGAAAACAGAAACUCAGAGAUAAAGAAUUGCGUGAACAAGAGGAAGAAAAUGAAAAGCAACGAAUUGACAUGGAAGAAGAAUUACAUAAAGCAGAAGAAAGAAAAAAGGCUAUUGAACGUGCAAAAAUCCAAGAAUAUUACCAGACAGACAGAGUGAAGACUUUCCAUAGAGCACUUCUUCUUAGUAAAGUUCUAAAAGAGCGAGACGCACAGAUUCAGUUCCAGAAGAAAAAGCUAAAUACAGAUGCAAAGUGGGAGGAAGAGUUGAAACAAAAUAUUGAAAAAGCUUUAAAAAAGGAACAAGAAAAAACAGACAAACGUCAAAAUGACAGAAUGGCCUUUGCAAAUGAUCUUCUUAAGCAAAUAAAGGAGCGAGAAGAAGCAGAGGAACAAAGGAAAAAAGAAGAAGAAAAAGAUGCCCAAGAAAUAGAAAAACAGGCUAAACUGCAUGAAUUGGAACUGAUAAAGAGACAGGAAAAGAAGGAAGAAAAGAUGCUUGAAUGCAAGAGAAUGCAUCUUGAAACCAUGGAAAAUAGAAGUAUAAUCAGAGCAAUAGAGGAACAAGAAGAAGAAGAGGAGGAUGAAAAAAUUAGAAAAUUUAUUAAAGCAAAGAAGGCUCUGGCAAAUAUCAGAAGAGAAAAAGAUGCUGAAACACACAACCCGGUUAGCUUAGAGGCCUAUCUCUCUGCUUGGUUCCAAGAGCUCUCUCCGAAUGUCGCCAAAUCCAAAGGUCUGGUUCUUCAGCCUCUGCCUCUGCUUUUCUUCAGCCUCCAGCCAGCUCCACUCUUCAUAUCAUUCCGGCUGAUGGAAGAACGGAAAGAAAGGAUUUUUAACUACCUGAGUGAACUUAUUAGAAAGAAACUUGGCAAUGAAGAUGAUAUUCUUGCUAGAGAUAUUGCAGAAGCUGAGGCUGAAAGGGAACAGGAAGAAAAAGAAAAAGAAGAAAAAAGGAAAGCAAAUUUGAGAGAGAUUGAAGAAUAUAGAAUUGCAGUGGAAAAAAGUAAAAUGGAACAAAAAGAACAAGAAAAAAAAGAAUCUGAAGAAACCCUGAAAGCUUUCAAAGAAGCAGAUAAAUUGUUUUGGGAGCAACGGGGAGAAACCCAGCGAAAAAAGGAGGAUGAAAAGAAAACUACACAAUCAUUCCUUAUUCAGCAAAUUGCUGAAAAGAAGGUUAAUAUGAAGCAACAGUUGGAAAAUGAUUUGGAUUAUCAGAAAGAGACUGAAGCUCUUGUGUUUGAAAAGGAAAAAGAAUUUAAGCAGUAUGCAAGAGAAGUAAUUGAAUCAGAAUCAAAAUCAACAAAAAAUAUUUACCCUCUUUUAAAUGCUGUUAAAUAUGGUCCUGGAAGUGGCCGGGGACCACCUUUUACAGAGAGAGGUGGCAUCCGACCCAGCUAUCAGGCAAAGGAUUUUCUUGGAAACCAGCUCCCUGAUUAUACCUCUAGAAGAUCAGUGGAACAUGAUAGUAUUGGAAAGACUAAAAGACGACUAGGUUUUACAUGGUAGAACACAAUUUUUUUUUUUCAUUUUAAGGACUGUAUCAAAAUUUUAAUGCAGUUUGCCAAAAGAAGUAUUUUUACUGCCUAUGUCAUUGAAUUACAAUCCUUUUAAGUACUACUAAAAAUAAAAUGACUAUUCAUUGAA